GAGCCCCAGGCUGCAGCCCAGUUGGAUGAUCUCUUUUCUCCUGGGUCACAAGCUGCCCCCUUAGGCAUGCCCCUCCACAGCCCCGCCUACCCCCAGGAGGUGGGGGCGGUUAUCGUCACCCCGAUGCCUCCAACACAAGGCGACUAAAUCCCCAGGCCACAUUUCGACUUCUCCCAGCAAACUGCCAUUUCCCAGAAAACGGUCGGGAGAGGGGCCUCCGGCCUCCUUCGACCGCGGCUUCUUCCCGGGCUCUAGAACUAGGCCAAGGACUCGAAAGAAGGGGUGGGAACCCAGCGGUGACCGAGAGAAACCGAGGAGCGCGCUCCUCAGCCCAGAGCCACUGCGCAUGCGUCAUGCAUCGCCGGUCCCCUACGGAAGCUGGGAGAGACGCGGCGCCGCGGAGGCCGGCAGACGCGGGCAAGAUGGCGUCCACGGCUGCGAACGGGGCUAGCGGGAGCAGCGGGAUGGAGGUGGACGCCGCAGUGCUCCCCAGCGUCAUGGCCUCCGGCGUGACCGGCAGCGUGUCCGUGGCCCUGCAUCCCCUCGUCAUUCUCAACAUCUCCGACCACUGGAUCCGCAUGCGCUCGCAGGAGGGACGGCCGGUGCAGGUGAUCGGGGCGUUGAUUGGCAAACAGGAGGGACGGAAUAUCGAGGUGAUGAACUCGUUCGAGCUGCUGUCCCACACGGUGGAGGAGAAGAUCAUCAUUGACAAGGAGUAUUACUACACCAAGGAGGAGCAGUUUAAGCAGGUAUUCAAGGAAUUGGAGUUUCUAGGUUGGUAUACCACAGGGGGUCCGCCAGAUCCCUCUGACAUCCACGUGCACAAGCAGGUGUGUGAGAUCAUUGAGAGCCCUCUGUUCCUGAAGCUAAAUCCCAUGACCAAGCACACUGAUCUGCCAGUCAGUGUUUUUGAGUCUGUCAUCGACAUCAUCAAUGGAGAGGCAACAAUGCUGUUUGCUGAACUGACCUACACACUAGCCACAGAGGAGGCUGAGCGGAUCGGUGUGGAUCAUGUGGCUCGAAUGACAGCUACAGGUAGUGGAGAGAACUCUACUGUGGCAGAGCACCUAAUAGCCCAGCAUAGUGCCAUCAAGAUGCUGCACAGUCGGGUCAAGCUUAUCUUAGAAUACGUCAAGGCUUCUGAAGCAGGGGAGGUUCCUUUUAAUCAUGAAAUUCUACGUGAAGCCUAUGCUCUGUGUCAUUGCCUCCCUGUGCUCAGCACAGAUAAGUUCAAGACAGACUUUUACGAUCAAUGUAAUGAUGUUGGGCUCAUGGCCUACCUUGGCACCAUCACCAAAACAUGCAACACAAUGAACCAGUUUGUAAAUAAGUUCAACGUCCUGUAUGAUCGCCAGGGCAUCGGCAGACGAAUGCGAGGACUUUUCUUCUAGAAGGGGGCAACCUUUCCCUCACAAUAAGUGAGGGCAAAGGGCUGAGAUCUGCUUCACUGAGGAAAACAAUUGCCCCAGAGGCAGGAAAGUGGCUUAUUUCCCCUUUAGAGAAGCCCUCAAGCCUGCAUAGGUUCCCUCCACCCAAAUUGUUAAUAAAUGGGGAAUAGCUCCCCUCUCAUGA